AAAAAGAAAAACGGUGAAAUACUGUGAAAUUUUAACCAGUUUCCAAAAUGGAGAACCAGCCAGUAGUGUUAGGGAACCAGGAUGGAGGGACAGCAACAGGCACAGCACCUGCUUUUUAUGUCCUUGUGAAACAGCCACCGAUCAGUGGAAAAGCUGAUCAAGGAAACGUAGUUUCAAAUCGAGACAGUUGUGGUAUUGCUAGCAAUGCAGGAGUACCAGUAAAAUCUAAAGUGAAGACUUGCCUUCCUGCGGAUUGUACCUCUGGAGGCAUUACUGUCACCCUGGACAACAAUACCAUGUGGAGUGAAUUCUACCAUCGUAAUACAGAAAUGAUUCUCACUAAGCAAGGGAGACGGAUGUUCCCAUACUGUCGAUACUGGAUCACAGGCUUGGAAUCCAACCUGAAGUAUAUCCUGGUCAUGGAUAUUUCUCCUGUUGACAACUACCGCUAUAAAUGGAAUGGGCAUAGUUGGGAGCCCAGUGGAAAAGCAGAGCCUCACGUCUUGGGACGAGUAUUUAUUCACCCGGAGUCACCUUCUACAGGUCAUUACUGGAUGCACCAGCCGGUGUCUUUCUACAAACUCAAACUUACUAACAAUACCUUGGACCAGGAAGGGCACAUCAUUCUGCACUCUAUGCACCGCUAUCUACCUCGACUACACCUGGUGCCUGCUGACAAAGCCACAGAAGUUAUCCAGCUGAACGGUCCCGAUGUCCACACGUUCACCUUCUCACAGACAGAGUUCUUUGCUGUGACGGCCUAUCAAAACAUCCAAAUUACACAACUAAAAAUAGAUUAUAAUCCAUUUGCAAAAGGGUUCAGGGAUGAUGGACUGAGCACUAGGCCCCAACGUGAAGUUAAACAAAAUGGUAGCUCAGAGCAUGAAGGAGGUAGUGUUGCUAGUUCUCCAAGCAAUUGUAGGCAUUCCACUGAAGCUGAUGAUUUGUAUCCAGAGCAGAAGAGCUUAGAGCCAUCAUCCAGUCUAAUAUGUAACACAGAUUUGGAGAGAAAAUUAUUCAGUCCAGAUCAUGACUUCAUGAGCUUUACAGAGAGAGAUGCACAUAUUUCUGAUAGGGCAGCAUUGAAGCAGGAAGCCUUGGAAAGCCCAAUUGCUAGCCCUUGUCAAAACAAAUCUCAUGUGCCAUCCCCACUGAACUCAAAUGGAGGCAUCAAUAUUGUUGUUAAAGAAGAACCAGUGGAUGAAUACGAUUAUGGGCCAAGUGCAUGCAUAGAGGGGAUAAAAGUGAAGCAGGAGGAAGGAGAUGAAGAGACAGAAGAAUACUCCAGUAACGAUGAUUCAGGGGACAAGCAGCUGAAGAAACACAGUGAAAUGGGCAGAAAGGAAGUGGAAACUGAAUCCAACAACCCAGCACAGAAUAGCCAAUUGGGUGUUGCAAAAGCAAAAAUGUUAAAAUUGGAUAGUGGGAAGAUGCCUGUAGUCCAUCUAGAGCCAUGUGCAGUCACCAGGAGUACAAUAAAAGUCUCUGCUCUUUCACAAUCUGUGUUGUCACCUUCUAAAAGUGAGAGAUCGCCACUCAGUUGUUCAGUUGAUUCUUUGUCUACUUGUUUUGAAAAUAAUGAUAUUUCUAGCCCUUUAACAACCAUGAAAAGUGAGGAAAUGGCAAUUGAACAAAUUUCUGAAAAUAAUAUUCCACAUGGGUGUUCUUCAGCAAGAGAUAUGCUAUGGGAACCUGAAGCAUAUAGCAAUCUCACUGUAACAAAGAAAGCAUCUACCUACAGUGUCAAGACAACUCCAUGCAGUGGGUUGUCGUCAGCAAAAGAUAACUCGGGGAAAAAGAAGACAAGUUCAUUUAAGACUCCUCUGUCCCGCAAGGGAAUUGUUGGUAACCAAAAACUUGUGAUACCAGGCCCACGGAAAAGAGGAAGACCACGGAAAAUAAAGUCAUCAGUGGCUGGACAAGCACUAACAUUCACAGGAAGCACUUAUGUCUCAUCAGGGCCUUGCGGCAUCCAUUUAGAUGUUAAGCCUGAUCUUGAGGAUGUGGAUGGAGUGCUGUUUGUUUCAUUUGCAUCGAAGGACGCUCUUGAUAUCCACACUGUUGAUGGAGUUGAAGAGAGAGAAGACCUUCAGAGUAUACAGACUCUUUCACUAGCUCCGUAUGAUACAUGCAGUGAUCCAGAUGGUCAGAGGAUACAGCAACUAGAAAAAGAACUUUUGGAAGAUCUGAAGUCUUUUAAGUACAAGCAAGUGAUACAUCCUAGUCUUCAAGAAGUGGGACUAAAGUUGAAUUUUGUGGACCCAACAAUGAGUAUUGAUCUGAAAUACUUAGGUGUGCAACUGCCACUAAGUUAUUCAAAUGACUGUGCUUUGUGGAAAACCCUGGGGACCAAUUCCUGCUCUGCUGAUGCUGGGCUUCCCUUUGUUUCUAGAACUGGGAAGACAAAUGAUUUCACAAAGAUAAAGGGAUGGCGAGGGAAGUUACAUAAUUCUUCAAAAAAUGAAGGUAGCGUUUUAGAAGGCUCCUUGAAGAACCGAUCUGCCUUCUGCAGUGACAAGCUUGAUGAAUACUUGGAAAAUGAGGGGAAGCUAAUGGAAACGAACAUGGGAUUCUCUCCUAGCACAUCCAGUGGUCCUGUGGUUUACCAGCUUCCAACUAAAAGCACCAGCUAUGUACGAACACUCGAUAGUGUUCUAAAAAAGCAAUCCGCCCUUACUCUAUCCGGCCCUGAUACUUUCAAGCCUCUUUCUGUGCCUUCUGUCUCUAGAAAGAAGAGAAAGAAAAUUAAGAGUAAAAAACAAGCACUCUCUAGAGGCAAAGCAAAGCCACCUUUAAAACUUGCAGUGCCUUUAGCUGCUGUAACAAAGCAGAAACACAACUUAUCAGUCUCAGAAGAGAAAGUCACUAAAUCUCAGCCAAGUAGUCACACAGCUGAGGUAGAUGCUCUCAUAGCGCUGAGCACAGAUGAAACGGUGCAAGGAAAACAAAUUCCCGUGCGGCAGGCACAGCAGCAAUAUCAGAAUAGUCGCCCAUCAAGUUUAUCUAAGACCCAGUUGAAGUUGAUGGACUUGGAGGAUUGUGCAUUGUGGGAUGGUAUGCCACGUACCUAUAUUACUGAAGAACGAGCAGAGUUAUCUCUCACAACUCUACUCACAGCUCAGGCAUCGCUCAAAAACAAACCUAUCCACAAAAUCAUCAAGAAGCGAGCGCCACCAUGUAACCAUGAAUUUUGCCGGCUUGGGUGUAUCUGUUCUAGUCUAGCUCUUGAGAAACGCCACCCUACACACUGCCAGAAGCCGGAUUGCAUGUUUGGCUGUGUGUGUUUAAAAAGAAGAGUGGUCCUAGUGAAAGGAGGUUCCAAGCACAAGAGGAUCCAGGAGAAGUCUCUGUCUGGAAAGCGUUGGUUGUAUUGUGGGAAAGAACAAGAGCAAUGGGGAGAAGAGACGGAAAAAGAGGAACAAGAGAAACUGAAAGAUAAGAGAAAAAAGAAGAUGGAAUAUACAGUCUGUGACUCAGAGCCAGAAAAACCUGUUAAGAAUUUUCCAUUGUGGGUAAAAGUAGAUGGAGAGCUGGAUCCAGAACCAGUUUACAUCCCAACGCCAUCAACUAUUGAGCCAGCAAAAUCGGUGACACCACCUACCGUAGAUGUUUUACCAUCUGACAAGCCUAUGCCCAGCGGAGCCAAGUCUGCACCCAGCAUAGUCAAGCCAAGCGUAGUCAAGCCAAGAGUGUAUACGCCCAAACCUAAUCCAGUGAUUCGAGAGGAGGAUAAGGACCCUGUGUACUUAUAUUUUGAAAGUAUGAUGACCUGUGCUCGGGUUCGAAUAUAUGAAUGCAAGAUGCAGGAGAAAAAGCAACAGAAGUGCCUUCAGAAUUCUGAAAAACACAUUGAAAAGGAGCAAUCUGAGCUUCAGCCCCUUAAAAUGGAAGAUGGUAAAGAGCCUGAAGAGAAAAGUUGGUGGUUUUCCUGUAGUGCAGGAGAUCCAUCCACUUCUUAUGUACAUCACACCACAGCAAAUGGGACAACCAAACUAAUUGAGAUUGUUUCUGAUUGCAACUGGGAGGAGGAUCGCAAUGAGAUCUUGAAUAUCCUGUCACAACAUAUCAAGAACAAGAUGCCAAAGUCCCUCAAAGUAGGAAACUUUGCUAUUGAUCUAGAGUCUGAAAGCAAAACCUGGGAUGAGAAGAACACUCCCAUCUAUUCUUCCCGAGUGAAAAUCUCCAUGCCUUCUUGCCAAAAUCAGGACGAAAAAGUUCACAUGUCUGUUUUGGAGGUACCUAAUAAUAGAUUGUUACCAUGCGAAAGGACAGAAAAAGUAACAUUUUUAACCCCUGGCUCCUUGGGCAAAUUACAAGAAGAAAGGAAGAAGGGCUUGCCCUUUUAUGCUGGGCUUUUUCCUGCAGGAAAGCUGGCUGCCUAUACAUGCAAACCUAAUUUGAAUCCUUCGUGUCUGAUUCAGGUUAAUGGUAAAAAUUAUCCACAGGCCAAGCUGCUUUUGGGACAGAUGGGAGCAUUGCAUCCAGCCAAUCGACUUGCUGCUUAUAUCACAGGAAGGUUGCAACCCACGGUGCUUGACCUCUCAACUGUAAAGGUGACAUCUAACCCUAAGGUUGCUGGCAAAUCACAAGUUUUCACCAGCACUAUAUCCUCUUCCUCUGCAGCACGCAGAUAUGGUCGUGCCCCAGCACAGAGACACAUAGCUGCUCGGCCAUCAGUGGAUAGUUUGCCCUCUCAGUUGAUAAUAAAUGCAGUUGGAGCUCUACAACAGAAGAUCCCUGGAGUUAAAACACUCCAACCUCUGACAGGACCACAGAAAUUUAAUAUUAAGUCCGUACCACUAUCUCCGAGGACAAGUGCUGUUACUACUGCUUCUACCAAUGUUACUGUGACAUCACAUACUGUAACUGCUCCUAGUCAUUCAGAAUAUAAGGAAGCUACCUGCUCUUCUGGCAUUGCUUUAGCGAAUACUGGUGGAAAAUCUGAAAAUAGCUCCCAUACCAUUGACUCACCCACAACUACUAUGGCUACUGUUACAAUAACAAAAUCUACUGCAGUAGCUGCGCCAGUUGCAACCAUUGCUUUUGGGAAGUCUGUAGUAGCUCCAUCAACGGUUCCAGUUUCUGCAGUACCUCUGUCCCCUGUCUUAACAGCUCCAUCACCUGCCACAGUGACUACACCAGUUUCAUCAGUUGACGGUGUUCAUGCUGCACCAUCAGGAAUUCAGACAAGUCCCUUAUCAGACCAAAAACCAGGCACUACAACUGCAUCUCCAGUUACAAGUCCUCCAAGAUUAUCUCCUGUAGCAGAGAAACGUAUGGGACCACGACUGCUUUUAAUUCCUGUACAUCAAGGGUCUCCUGCAUUGCGACCUGCACAAAACACACAGCUCGCUCAAGGGAAAAGAAUGAUUUUGCAGCCUUUAAGGAAUCCUGGAGGUGUGAAUCUCUACCGACAUCCUAAUGGGCAGAUUAUCCAGCUGGUUCCUUUGCAUCAGUUCCAACCUGCAGGACCCCAACCCAACCUGCCAUCUGUAAUGUUCCGUAAUUCAGGAUCUGUUGUAGGGAUCCGGUUGCCUGGGCCUUCUCAACUUCCAGAUACAUCUGUAUGCCAGUCCACUUCAGUUUCAUCUGUGACUCCGACCACCACAGCUACUUCAGUUUUGCCCAUGAGCCCUUCUGCUUCUCUGGCACCUCUGACCACAGCGACCACCUCAGUGUCGUCUGUCACCCCAACCACCAGACCCACUCCUGUGUUGUCUGCACCAUCUUCCUCUUUGUCCUCGUCCCCUUCCACUGAGGCCACUUCAGUCUUUACUGUGCUCCCUGCUACUGAGACUUCUUCAGUGUUACCCACUUCCUCUAGUACUGAGGCCGCUUCCGUAUUGUUAUCGCCCCCUACCAUUGUGGAUCCCUUGGUGUGGCCUACUUCCCCUUCUACUGAAGCCACUUCUGCUUUGUGCCCAUCCCCUGCUGUAAGCCAGACAUUGCAGACUCUUAAAUCUGUGCCUUCCCCUCGUGUUUCAGCUACUCAAGCAGCACCCGUUAUUCCUCCAGUACUAGUUCCUCUGUCACAAGCUGGCACUCUGACUCUGAGAAUUUCUCCUUCAGGACUAAAAAGCACUGCAUCUGAGACCGGUGCGGAUUCGAAGAUUGUUGGGCAACCAAGUAGUAUGUCUAGUUUAAUUCCUCUUCAGACUGGCAGUUUUGCAUUGCUUCAGUUUCCAGGGCAAAAAAGUGCCUCAGAUUCCAUUGUGAAACAAGUUGGAUCUCUUGAGGUAAAAAAUACCACUGAGAGAGUUGAGAUCCGUGCUGUUCAUAUAGAAGAAAAGACAUCAUGUACUCAAGAAGUGGAGGCCAUGGAGUCAGAUUUCACAAUGUCAAAUAGCAAGCUAGAAAAAAAUAUCUUGCCAGCAAAAAAAACAGAUUCUCAUUCUGAAGGGAUCAUAUGUGACAAAAAUGCUGUUAUUCCAGAGAUGAUUGAAAGGGAUGCAGACAUGGUGGGAAAAUUAUCAAGUGAGGCUCCUGGCUCCCAGCCUGCUGCUGUAUCUCCAGACCACUCCUACCUUGGCGAGAAAAUAAAAUGUGAUGAAAUCAAGUUGAAGGUUAAAAAAAAACAGAAUGCUAAACCUUCUGAAGAUACCCUUGAUGAGGUACCAUAUAGUUCAGAAAAUGUUUCUGAGCAAUGCACAGUUCUUGCACACAAUUCAGUACGGGAGUCUAUGGAAACUACGAAGUUAGAAAGCUCAAAUGAGGAGCAAACACAGUCUGUCCAAACACAAAGCUUUGCUACUAAUUCAGGGGGAGCUGAACAGACACAGUUGGAAAUGGAAGAGAUGUUGGUUGAUGUACAAAAACUAUGGGAGAAGCACAAAGUACACAUGAAUUCUAGAGAGAAGCUGCAGAAAAAGACAAAACCACCUCUUAGUCGAUGUGAGAACCAAAAUCUGGAGCUGCUAGGGAGAAACAGGAAGCCAAAUGGUGACUCUGUUACUACAAUAGAGAGGAGCGAGGAAAAAGAGAAAGGGAAACCCAAAGUCAACCGUGCCAAAACCCAAAAUAACGCAUCAAGAAAAAAAUGUAUGGAUAGUGCUCAAGAGUCUUUACCUAAAAGAGAUGCAGAUUUUCAGGUGAGCAAUAACACGUCUACUCAUGAAACAGUCCCUACUGGUUUUGAGGAAGAUGAUCAUAUUGUUAAAAAGAGCCUUUCUCAAGUCAGCAGGCCUUGCAGUGAAACAUCUACACUGUCAGUUGCUUUGGAAAAUGAAAAUAUGGGUGCCGAUGAGCGUAUUGAGAAAUUUCUUAGAUGCACAAAACAGAACACUGUGAAAACAAACCACUACAGAAAGGAUUAUGCAGAUAUUAUUGAUAUUACUAUGGAUAACACGGAAAAAGAUGAAAAGACUGAUGAUUCUGCAGAUGAGACCAUUGAUGACGUGUCUGGUUAUCAAAGUGAAGAUAUCGUGAACAUUGAAACACUGAAUGAAAGUGAAUCUAGUGAAGGCGAGGAGAAUGUGGACAUUGAGACUGUGGAAGAACUUUCAGAGAAAAUUAAUAUUGCUCGCCUAAAAGCUUCUGCUGCACAUGCCGUGGUGUCCAAGCAACUGCAUAUUGUUCGUGACCAUUCAAACAAGGCAAUGACAAAGACUCCUAAGCAGCCUGAGCUCUCAAUCAAAAAGCCAAAAAAUGAAGAAGAAGCCUUUGCUAACUAUCGCCAAACACACACAGCAAAUGAGCGUCGUCGUCGAAAAGAAAUGAGGGGACUCUUCGAGAAACUGGAGGCAACUUUGGGAUUGCACAUGGUCCCCAAAGUUUCCAAGUGCUUCAUCCUGAAACAAGCUUUUGAAGAGAUCCAGGGCCUAACAGAUCAGGCAGAUAAACUAACAGGGCAAAAGAAUUUGCUAAUCCGGAAGCAAGAAGCCCUAAUUCGUAAAGUGUCUGCACUCUCAGGCAAAACACAGGAGGUGGUCUUGAAGAAGCUAGAAUAUAUUUAUGCCAAACAGAAAGCAGUAGAAGCACAAAAGAAGCAGCAACAGGAAGCAGAACCUGCAAAGACUGCUGAACCUGCAGAGAUGGCUCGAUCUUCUGCAGAAACCAGUCCCUCCCCUCUUUUCAAAGAGAUGAAAGAAGCCACUGUGUCCAGCAAGCGUACAAAACCAUUGAUACUUGCUAGAAAAAGAAACCACACAUCAGGGGAGACAUCUCCUGUGACACCCCCUGUGACACUAACAAAUGCUAGCUUAGUAAUGACUGCACAAGGUCAGGUCCUUACAUUCAAGAGUCCCCUGAUGCCGGGACAGGUGGCUGCCGUGCCUUCCACACUCCUGCCAGCUGAGCUCAAAUCGGAAGUUGACUGUAGCAGUGGGAUGAUGCAGCCAGGUAUUGCUUCUGUGAUGAUUCAGUUGCCGGGAUCAGCAGUGCCAGUACAAGUGAAAGGCAUCCUCCCUAACUCCGCUGUUCCUGUUACUUUAUCUGCUGUAGCCAGUAGCCCUGCCUCUCCAGUUGUAGAAACAGCUCCAGAACUCACUCCAGAAAACGAAGACUCAUUCUUGAUGCCAAGGAUAGUAAAUGUGACAUCACUAGCUACUGAAGAAGAUAACAGUUUAAAUCUGGAUGUAAAUGAGAAGCCACAUAUAACCACAGAUGUCAGUUCCCAGGCAUCUGAGCCUUCCUUGCCAGUAGCACCUCAAGAAACAAUAAAUAUUGAGUCUGUAGAAAAAGCUGAAGCUUCUUGUGGAAAAGAGAGAGAGGCUGUUGAAACAACAGAACACUUCCUUAAGAAAAAAGAAACUGUUUUCCCACAAAUAGUAAAUGUCUCCAGUUUAAAAGAAUCCCCAGAAUCCUUUGCAACAAAACUCUGCAUUGAACAAUUAGCUCGAAGCCAGGCAAAAAAACAGAUUGACAGGGGAGGAGGCAGACAGCAGUCAAAGGAUUCCUUAUUCCAAGAGUUGCAGGUUAAGGAACCCAAAGCCCUUGGUAUAGAAAUGGAAUUACAAAAAUUGCAGGAAGCAACACCAGAUGCAGGUGACUUAAUGGACAUGGAGGAGAACGAUGACACAGAUGAAACUCUAACCUCGCUUUUGAAUGAAAUUGCAUUUCUUAACCAACAGCUGAAUGAUGAUGCUUCAGACGUAUCUGAACUCCCCAACUCUCUAAGUUCCUGCUUUUCUUCGGGAGACAUGGAGAGUCAUAGGGAAUCAGCUACUGCAGAUGGAUCUGGCUUUCGGUUUGGCUCAUUGGGUGGGAGCUUCAAGGACUUCUCUAUAGCUCGAGAGAGUAGCGAUUCUAUAACUCCUCUCCUUCUUCACUUAGAUGAUGAUGAAUUACCUAAUGGUAACAGAACCUCGAGAGAGCUUUCGUCUGAAUCGGAUGCUUUGAAAAUCAUGUUAAACUCUGAAGCAAAGCACCCAGAUCCUAGCCUCUCAGCAGUAAAUGUUGGUGGAAGUGGAAAACGUAUUGAACCUCUCUCACCUCCCAUUCUGCAGAUGAAAACUAACCUAGAAGCUGGCAGUACUGAUGCAUCAUGGAGACCCAUGCCCAAACUGGCACCACUUGGGUUAAAAGCUGCAAACCUUUCAUUAGAGUCAGAAGGGCAGAAUGCCAAGGCGAUGCCUGUAUUGGCACCUGUUGCUGCAAAAACAUCAUCUACUGACAUAAAAACUGCACAGCCGGCGACUAGUCCAAGUCAGGACAAUAAAGCAAUGCCCACACUAGCACCUGUGGUUACAAAAUCAAAAUAGUAGUGCAACUUCACAUUCAAACAGUGUUCACAAGUAAUUUGUUUACUUCUCAGAAACUUUCGAAGAUAAUUUAGGCAUAUAACAUGCUUCUG